GACUCCAACAUCUACAGCGCCACCCCCGCCAUCGUCAUACCGUGACUCGCCAGACAAGCCACUGCCCACGCUUCCUCCCUCAGACGAGGUCAUCGACACGCCAAGCUCCAGCCAAGUCGACGAUACCACGUCCAAUGCCUUGCCCAACGGGGCAGUGAUCAGACCUGACGGCACCAUGGCAACGACGCUCGACGAGAAUGACAUUGAGAAGCUCUUCUCCGGCGCUCCUCAAUUCUAUUGUCGCGCAGAGAGCCACUUCCCAGGCGCGCCUCAUCCGAGUGUAGCGUUUCCUUUUGACGAGGAGGUAGAGAUCAGAGACCUGUCUGACCAUGUUCAAAUCGAAGACAAGGCAUGGAGCGGGGUGACGGCGUGGCCGCACCUGACAAGGGACCUUAACCAUGAUGCAGCAGCCAGGAAAUCGGCCGAGAGCCGCACCAAGGCUCAUUUCCAUGUGCGAUGUCGCGAGAGACCCAACAUGCUGAGCAUGCAGGGGCUAGAGAAGGGCACAAUGGGCUUCCAGGCCGCGCUUGAACUGCCGGUGGGCGACUCACUGGAAGAAGAGCAGUUCGGCUUUGAGAGCGUCGGCACCAAGGCCAAGGCUAUCAUCGACGCCCGCGCGCGGAUGCUGGCUCACUCCGGCUGGCUAAGGCGGCUCCCAGAACCGGAGAUUAUGCAUCGACUGGAGAGAAACGGGGAGAUUUAUCGGAACAACGACAUGCGGAAAAGACCGUCCGUCGAAACGUACAACGACCUCUUUCAUAGCUUCAUGAGACCAUGCGCGACACCUCUAGACAAGCAAGACCAUUACAGUCUGAUCAACCAGAUCAACGCCCUCGUCAAGUGCCUGGCUACUGCUAAUGUCUGGAUUGACCUCUCGAGGGUCGAGUGGCGCAUACGCCUGGGUCAGGUGCUUUGGGGCCAGUCUGGGGGCGAUGAGCUGGACGAUGCUACCGAGAUUCAAGAUGCCGCUAGCGCGAGUGAGAGAGCGGAAGAAAAAUACUGGCUUCUCAUGCAGGUUCUUGUGUCGACCGAACUGCUGAUCCGUCUGGACGCCAUCACGGAGGGCGAGGCCAAUGGUGUCGAGUACUUUCGGCCUGUGGACGGGCUGUACUUUGAAAGACAGGCAAACCAAUCUGUCAAGUGGUCUAUCCUCCUGGCCCGCAGUUGGCUGGACAACAUUGAGCUAGUGAAAGAAGAGGCCGGUCCCGGCGAACAAGCCGAUCCCGUUAAGCAAAAUGGAGGCUGGCUGGCAUCGCUAGUCAGCAAAAUGUCCCUGAAGCAUUCCGACGAAUCUCUGAAACCUGGAUAUCACUACACGAUCAAGGGCCGAAACGGCCAUCGGCAGGUCGACGGUCUCACCCACUUCGCUCGGAAGAUACACUGGCCCGGCAUCGACGCCUACGAAUCUCGGAUAUCGGUGAACGCUGAGAACACGGGCGACCUGACACCGACUACACUAAGUACACCAGGGACAUUGCACAGCGUCGCUACCACGGGGUCAUCAUACUUUGGCGCAUGGGACGUUACAAGCCACCACGGGCAACAUCAUCACGCACAAAAGGUGCAAGCGCAGCGACGAAAGAUGGCCGCCGCGUUACAUGCGUCUGGGUGGUUGUCCAAGUCGUACAUCUUCGCCCUCAUGCUGCCUGGCGAAGCGCUCUCGCACUUUCUCAUGUCAACACUGUUGGAGAACGACCAGGAGGCUAUGGGCACUCUGGGAUCGUUCGCCAAUCUGUGUGGAGGCUUCGUGUACCGGGGCAAGAGUUUCUGGAGCACGUCGUGCAUCGUGGGGCGUGUGCUUGCUGCAGGCGUGGGGGCAGCCGAGUGCAUGGGGUGGAUAUCGACCGACAUCUUGCCCGACAGCACAUCGGAUGGUUGGCUCAACAUUGAAGCCGAGGACGUGCCAGAUGACCUUCAGCGCCUGGGCAAGAAAGCGAGGAUCUGGGGCAAGAAACGCAUCGAGCGAGACUCGUACAUUCUCGGAGACGGAGACGAGAGCAAUCUCGAGCCGGGCGACUUCACGAUGCCGCACGAGAACAACUACGAACAACGACCAGCGGCUGCUGCCAUUGAGUUGCGGUCGUUCAAGUUGCUCCGCUCGGUGGAGGCGGUCCAUCCGUCGCCUCUCAGCGAGUUCACCGGCACCCCGUUGACAGAGUCCACUGCGGCGCCUGACUUGCCCUCCUACCCUGCCAAGCUCAUAUUCUCCGUCACGAUCGGCGGGGCGCGAAGCGAGGACUUUACGUUCCCGCUGACGUACGAUAUUAGCUUUGUGACGGCGCAUCCGUGCUCGCCUUCGCGCAAGGUGCGGUUCGUAAAGUCGCCGUCCAGUCCGACGAUUCAGCAAAUCGACGUGUCGGGCAAGAACAUGCUCGGCAGCACCUCAAGAUCGGUCUACAGGGCUGGUCAUCCCUUGCACAAAUCUUACCACUACUCCGUGGUGCACAUAUCUGAGCUCAUCAAGAAACGGGGGCACCCGCUCAUCGAUUUAUUGGGCCCUUCGCCGCACAAGAACCCCAAAGCAAACGACAAUCGUGUCCUGGUGAUCGAUUGCAUCACGAAUUACGCCGAGCCACCACCGCCCUCGCCUGUCCUCACGCGCGUGGAGUCUGGAGGCUCGGCUUCCUUGCCUUCGUUCGAACGGAGGGGCAGCUUGCCGGACAAGAUGCAUCUCGAAUGUCGCCGGCGACAGUUUGGGUCCGACAUGGAGAUUCUCGUGAGAGCCUUGUGCUCGCAGAUGGGCUGGAACGCGCUCAUCAGCCGGCGGAAGAGGGGUUGUCUGGCGUGCGCGAUCCGCGAGGCGUGCGCAUUGGGCUGGAGAGUGAUUGUCAGAGUCGAGUGAGGCAAACGGUUCGGCCUUGUAUACAAGAACGAGGAUGACGAAGAUGGUUGAUGACUGGCGUUCUGGGACAGAAAAAUCUCAACUUGAAAGGAUCGGUUGGUUCCAAAUGGAAGGGUCACAAGAUCUCUGCCGUA